CUUGAAACUGUGACGCCGCGUACAGAUGGAUACAUAGUGGCACUUGACAUCCCCACGGAUGCAGCCGGCCUUAGCAUCGUCCAACGUCUCGCAUUAGCCUGAUUUGCUCUGACACCGAUGUAGAUACAUUUGCCACAAUGGCUCUGCCGGAGCUGGGACCGCUGCUCCCUGUCACAACGUGCGCUCGUUACCCACACCACGCUUCCUUGCUGAAUGAUGCACCCGGCAAACGUGCUGCACUCACCUGGCACGGUACAUGCACAACUUCUACGUCGAUUCGCAUCACCCGCCUUUCUACCGUCGGCGCGGCUUGCUCGAUCUCUAGACUACUAACCGCAUCGAGAUCCGUCCCUGACACGGCUCGUAGCCUUAACCCAAUACCCUGCGAAGGUUCAUGGUCCACAAACAAAGUUUCUGGCGUUUUCAUCACCCCUGCAACCGCCCCAGGCCCAAACCUUGAGCUACCAGCACGGAAGGCGUUAUUCAUCUACCCAGGAUUAGGUAUUGCAUCAGUCGAAUCAGGGCCGCGUCACCCACGUCACCCACUUGGUCCCAAGUCAGUUCACAGCGCCUCAGUCAGAACAUUGGGCUCGUCUCUAGUCGGCAGCGGCGUCGCGCCUACCCAGCAACAUAGCUGAACUCUAUCUGGGAUCAUUCCCUCUCUUGGCGGUGGGACCUCAGUGCCGUCUGUCACUUCCUGGCAAACGGCAGUCUGGCCUCACACGUUUGUCGGACGGAUCUGUACAGCCAGGUGUCGCACCCGUUCCCUUGCCUCACAAGUUCACAACGCCCGAAACGGUACACUCCCGCAGCCAAUUGUUUGAAGCUUCGACUAAACUCUCAUCUUACGUUGUUGCAUGAGUCUUUGCUCAGGAUCUGCCUGUUAGUUUAGGUAGG